AUGGCUGUAACAUAUACGAGGCUCGAUAUAAUUGACCGGGGGGAUGUCUACUUCAACAAGCCUCGAUUAGCGUCAGAGUCUGGUCUCAGAUUAGGUACCGCGUGGUAUCCUAGUGAGCGGAUAAGAGCUAAUCCGCGUUGUGGGUCACAGCUGGGCAGGGCUCUAAAGCUUGGUGGAAGGGCGGGCAAGAUGGACCAACCGCUGAACCGCAGAUCAUGUCGGCAGCACUCGGGCAAGCAGGGAAGUCAGAGACCAAUAGGAUCAACGACUGGAUCAGCUGGAACUACAAAAGGCGAGCGAAGUGAGAAACGGAAAUGGAUACUUAGCAAGGUGCUGGAUCAACCGGCGAUACUUCCUAUGCCGAGAGCACCAAUAGUGCGCUAUGAGAACAGGUCCUAG